UCCACCACAUCCACAACCACCGCCCUUGCACGAACCCUCCCAUCGCACACAUCGACGCAGUCGCCGUUCCCCCGCAGCCGAACCAGCCGCAGAUUGGACGUCGUCACGAUGGGAUCCGACCCUCAAUACGCCAAGUGGCCCCUGCUGCCUCUCUCGCAGCACGUCUUCACCCUCAGCAAUGCCUACGCAACCCGGACGGCCCAGCAGGCUGCCGUCAAGACCCUCCAAGAUGCCAUCGCCGAGGACAAGAUGGCGCCGUUCUACAGGUACCUUGCGCACCCUAUUGACGGCAUUCUCAACACGUUCGGCGAGGGCGGUGCGUCGGGUCCGGGCAAGCCUCUGAGUAGGAAAUCCAGCCUGGUCGGCAUGGUGGCCACCAAGACGUCCAACACCAGCAUCAGCUUGCCCUGGGACGAGGCGCUCUAUGCAAAGCUGAAGGAGGACAACGACAAGGAGCUGGAACAGUUUCAAAAAGAAGAAGACGAGGCCGUUGAGCAGGCCGGUGACACUGAAAUCAUGGCGGCCAAGGGGAAGCGGGCGGAGUUUUGGGCACGCGUGGGCGACAAGGACAAGGCGAUUGCGGCAUACGAGAGCGUCUACGAGAAGACGGGCAUCUUAGGCACCAAGAUUGACCUCGUCCUGGCCAUAAUACGCAUGGGCCUCUUCUAUGGCGACAAGCCUCUUGUCAAGAAGCACGUCGAGCGGGCAAAGACGCUCGUCGAGUCGGGAGGUGACUGGGAUCGUCGCAAUCGCCUCAAGGCCUACGAGGGCCUCCACCUCAUCACCGUCCGCUCCUACAACCUCGCCGCACCACUCCUGCUCGACUCCCUCUCCACAUUUACCAGCUACGAACUCUGCACCUACUCGAGCCUCGUUGUAUACUCGGUGCUCGCCGGCUCCGUGUCUUUGAAGCGGGUCGACUUUAAGUCCAAGGUCGUUGACGCACCGGAGAUCAAGGCAAUCAUGGGAGAUGGUGAAGACAAGCUUUUGGCCCUCAGCGGCGCGCUGAGUGCCGGCCCUGGCGCCGAUGAUACUACCGGCGACCAGGCGCCCCAGGCCGCCACCUCCAAGGCCGUCAACCUGACAACCUUAGGCUCCAGCACAGAGCAGCCCGAGGCCGAAAUGGCCAUUGACUUCAGCCCUCUCGCCCUGCUGGUCAGCAGCCUCUACAACGGCAACUACAAGACCUUCUUCAGGUCUUUGGCCGAUGUCGAGGAGCAGUUCCUUAACCAGGACCGCUACCUCCACGAGCACAAGAACUGGUUCAUCCGCGAGAUGCGCCUGCGGGCGUACCAGCAGCUGCUGCAGAGCUACCGCGUUGUGGGGCUCGAGAGCAUGGCCAACGACUUUGGCGUCACCGUCGACUUCCUCGACCGUGACCUCGCUCGCUUCAUUGCCGCCGGCCGCAUCCCCUGCACAAUUGACCGCGUCUCCGGCAAGGGCGUCAUCGAGACGAACCGACCUGAUGACAAGAACAAGCAGUACCAGGAUGUUGUCCGCCAGGGUGACCAGCUAAUCACGAAGCUGCAAAAGUAUGGCCAGGCCGUGCGGCUGAGGGGCAGUGAGCGUGCAUAGAUUGGCGGGAGAGUCGCUGGGCAUGGGCGGGAACUAGGGAAGUGCAGACACGCGCGGGAUAAAUCGCGCGGACUCGUGUGCCAUUACUGGUUGUACUAUAUGAGGUACUUAGAGGAAGGUGUUUCCUUGGCGGCGCAAUGGAACGCCGAGAGUAGGAACACAUGACAUAGCACUAUGGAAGGCCCAUGGCGAUCAAAAAAGGUGCAUGAACUCUGAUGUCUCUACGGCUUUAGGAUUCAUUUGUCUACCGUUGACCCACUGACUGGCCUUGCUGGCCUGGGUGGCGUCCCUUUCCAAGCGAGGCAUAAUCCAUUUUCUAUGCUGAAAGCGCGCGCGGUCCAAAACAAUGUCAUGGUCUAGC